UCUCCCUCUUACUCCUUCUCUAUCUCUCUCCCUCUUACUCCUACUCUCUCUCUCUCUCUCUCUCUGUCGUUCUCCAGAUCAUCUUCCAUAGGCAGAAUCCAGGGAUCGACUAUGAAUUCUACAUCCCAACAGAAAAGAAAGCGGAAGAGAGGGAGAGGCCGCAAGAGAGAGAAAGAGAGAGGCCUAGAGAGAGAGAAGUAGAGAGGGAACGACCGAGGGAUGGAGGGAGGGAACCCCUGAGAGACACUAACAGAUGGACAGCUGUGAGCUCCCGCCCCCGAGGCUCGGUACCCAAUCGGAAUGCUCGAAUCCCACCUCGUACCGACCUGCCCCUCGACACCCAGUCACCCUUCGUAUGGAGGAGGGGCGGGCUCACUGAGUGUACUACUUCCUGUGGCAAAGGGUCCCAGUACAGGGCGAUCCUGUGUAUUAACCGCCAUACUGACGAGGAAGUCCCAGACAGGAAGUGUGACUCAGCAACAAGACUCUCCCCUGAGGAGGAGUCCUGCAACACACACCCCUGCCCAGCAUUCUUCGAGGCCAGCUCAUGGUCAGAGUGCAGUGUGUCUUGUGGUAUGGGAGUACAGCAGAGACAGCUUCAGUGCAGACAGAGCUUUGGGAACCGUUCCACCAUGGUUCAACCACAACGCUGCUCCAACCUAACCCCACCUGACCUCACCCAGUCCUGCCAGCUACGACUCUGCUCACACUGGGAGAUAGGCACCGACUGGAGCUCUUGCUCAGUGGACUGUGGCAUGGGGAAGAGAACUCGUAAUGUCCGCUGUGUCAGUGACCAUGGCAGCGUGGUGAAUGACAAGGAGUGUAACACCAGGCUCCGCCCACAAGGAAGUGAGGACUGUCACAUGGGGCCCUGUGUAACCAACUGGUACUUCACUGGCUGGUCCAACACUUGUUCAGCCCCGUGUGGUCCAGGGGUUCAGAGGAGAGAGGUGUUGUGUCUGACCCGUGGAGGGAGAGAAGGAGGAGAGUGUUUGGGGGACAAACCGGCGGACAUGAAGGCGUGUAACGGGGGUCCGUGUGCUCCCACCUACAUGUGGUACAGUAGCCCCUGGGGUCAGUGUAGCGCUCCAUGUGGGAAUGGAACUCAGCGAAGGGACACCAUCUGUGUGGAGAAGAUGGGGACAGAUUUCAAAGUGGCACCGAUCAGCCAGUGUGCCCAGCUGGAAAAGCCUCCCUCGGUGCAGACGUGUGCGAUGGAAGCAUGUCAGCCUCAGUGGUUUACUACGGAGUGGAGCGCGUGCUCUCGUUCCUGUGGUAAGGGGCAACAGAUCAGAGAAGUACGGUGUCUCACACCUGACAAACAGCACAGCCCAGAAUGCUCCCUUACAGACAAACCUGACCAGGAGCAGCUCUGCAAUACCAUACCCUGCAGUCCACAGGUCGCAGAUGAGAACUGCAGGGAUCGGCGUCAUAACUGUGUGAUGGUGGUUCAGGCCAGACUGUGUGUCUACGCCUACUACAAGACUGCCUGCUGCGCCUCAUGUACCCAGAGUGCUCAGCUGGCCAAGAGGCACUGACCAGCCAAUAACAGGCUUCCAGCCGAGGUCAGCCAGGGGUCAGGGUUUAAGGGGUUAGAAGUCAAAGCGCAGGUUACCAUAGAAAUGAUCAGACCAUAGAAAUGGAGUGGGUAGAGUGGAUAUAUUACCACAUAAAGUGGGGAUUGAAUUGUGUUCUGGGCCAGAUGUACAGCCGUUAUAGAAGGGAUGUUUUGGAAUGUGAGUUAAUUUGUUACUUACUACAUUUCUUACAUUUUAUGGGUUAUCUGCAUAUGCAAAAAAAGUCCCAAUGACAUUGUACAGAGCUCCAUAAUAUGGAACAUAUCUGAUUUCUAUGUCCACUCUUUCUGUUUCUAUGGCUGAGAGAUGCUGUGGAUGAUGUAUGUACACCCAGGACCUGGGUCCAGAGCUCUGUCCCAGUAGCCAAACUUGCAUACUACUUAGAAUGAGGUGAAGUAUUGUCCAUGCAUACUAUGUAGUAUGCUAGUAUGGAUAGAUGGGACCCAGAAGGUAUAACCCAAUAGCAGUGUAAAACCUGCUGGAAGUUUCUAUGAUGUAUGUUUUCUAUGUUUGUGUUCUAUAUGCCAAAAAACUAUUUUAAAUGUCUCCUCAGUGUUUAUACAGCAUCAUCAACAUUUGGUGAAAACAUACCAAAAUGUAAAAUGUUUUUAAAGGACAAUAGUGGAGAGAUGUCCAUAACCUGAGAACGCCCCCAAUCUGAAAACAAGCAGGGGUAGAAUGAAACGACUGUAUGGUCUAUUGGUGACUGUCCAGGUAUCCAACCUGUGCCCUCACGACUGUUAGCCCACUGAACUAAAGCCAAGGCAUUACCACUGAGAGCUAAUACCAGUGUUCAGGUCUCAGCCAAGGUUACACCCAACCACCUCUGCUACAUACAGAAAAUAUACCACUACCUGAGACAUUUCAAUUGUAUCAUCUGACCCAUCAAUAUGUUCAAGAAGGGUAGGUAUUGAAAUAACAUUGUAUUAAUUUAUGCAUUCAUUUUCAGAAAUGCAUUUGCCACAAUAUGCUGAAGAGCAAGCUCUGUCUUAAAGGUCCAAUUCAGCUGUUUUUAUCUCAAUAUCAAAUCCUUUCUGGGUAACAAUUAAGUACCUUACUGUGAUUGUUUUCAAUUAAAAUGGUCAAAAAGAAACAAAAUAACUUCUUAGCAAAGAGCAAUUUCUCAAGCAAGAAUUUUGCUAGGAAACUGAAAACUACUGUAGCUGUUAUUGGCAGAGAGGUUUGAAACUAUUUCUCUUGUUGGUCUCUUAACUAACUGGUGAUGUCACCAUGCAGACCAAAAGUCCAUCCCACCAAAACAGGGAGACAUUUCAGGCGGUCUUUUCAAACAGCUUUUACACUAAAAUGGCAUUAUCAU